CAUCUAACAGACCCUAAACCGACAUCAUUUUCUCCCCUCCAGAUCCCCCAAGGCACACAGUCUCACACCAGAAUCCGUUUGACGGGUAAGGGGGUGAAACGGGUCAGUUCCCACGGCUACGGCGAUCACUACGUCAACAUCAAGAUCAAGAUCCCGACCAAGCUGACCCAGGAGCAGACGGCCCUCCUGACGGCCCUGGCGGAGCUGGAGAUGGACACCCCGGGGACGAUAAGUGGCAUCACCUACGCCAAGGACGGAAAGAAGAGGACGUUUGAAGAGGAGACUCCGCCUCCUCAACCCCCAGGAGAUCGUCAAACCGCGUCUCCUAGUGGGUCUCGGUUCUCCGCGGCCUCAUCUGAACGCCAGAGCAAAUCAGAUGAGGGUUUAUUGACCAAAAUAAAACGAGCGAUAUUUGGUUAGGGUGUGUAUGGCGUCUUGUUGUUAUUGUCGACG